AGAAAGUUAAACGAGAAAGUGCAAGCAAACAGAAGUGACAGCCAAGUGACAGGACUGUUGUUGCGCGCUUCAGAAUGUAAAUAAGAACGUAAUUAUGUAAUUAUAUAGUGAUAACGCGCGAUUUGAGUUUUACGCGACUGUGUCGAGAGACUCGCGAUUAUGGUCGAUUUGGACGAAUAUAGAGAGAGUGUACGACAGAUCAGGCAAUACGCGGCCGCUCAUAAUGUCUCGGAGGCGCAAACGUCGGAAAUAUUUCGAGCUUGUUUCCGACAAUUGGAGGCCAAGUACUCGAGAAGAUCGAAUAAAUCACGGAGGACUCUACGAAUUAUUUUGCCACUCAUCCUUACCUCCGUCGUAUUGUUAUUUUUAUGCCGAAGUUGGUUAAACGUUUUAUUUAUAAGAAUCUCACAAAAUUCCAUUUACCCCGUUUUAUACGUUUUGCGCAAAGCGGCUGUACCGAUUGUCAGCCUAUAUCCGUCGUUAUCUGAAUUGUACGACGAAUGGUGCUUGAUAGAGAAUCCGUAUUUCUACGUCAACGAUAUGGACUGCUGGCCUUGCACCAUGGUCCAUUCCGUACCAGAUUUGACCGGCCACAAUAUCAGCAGAUCCUUCAACGUCGGUAUACCAUACACUAGAGCGGAGAAUAACACGAAGGUGAAGAUGAAAGAUCUAGUCAAUUUAUAUUGGAAUAACCGAGACGUCUUUGACGAAGACGCUAAGAGAAUCUCUUCUAACAAUGAAACUUUCAAAAUUAUCCGUGAUGUUAUGGGCAAAAGAUUGGACACGUUCCGUACCGCUUCCCUUGGCACUCACGUAUCUUGGAGAGUAAACCGUAUGAGGCCCAGCAGAAUACUCCGAAAGUUAUUUCCAAAGCCAGCGGAGACCCCGAAUUGGUGGAGUCAAGGCACAGAAAAAUAUUUUUUUAUCGACGAAUCGAGAUCACCGCCUUACUCGUUGCCCAAUCCCGAGUGCAGCAAUAUCGUAAUACGGUGCGCGGCUGGUGCGAGACUGAUGAAAAUGAUACCGAGUUCGGAGUGUGCUCAACAUUGUAGAUCUUCGACCAUUUUAUUGUCCGCUGGACAUACAUUAUGGUACAAUUGGUGGUAUUGGAGACCCGUGAGUCUACCAGUGUACAAUGCUACUGAUCUUUCUAUUGGUUAUUUAACUUCGUUUUGUUGAUAUCACCAAUAGCAAGAACACGUGG